AUGGGUCUUCCUGGGGCAAUUCAACGGUCCCUCACCGCGCUUGCGAUCCUGACGAGCCUCACGAGUGUGGGGGCUUCUCUACAGGUUACGUUGCCUGGCUAUGGCAGCUUCGUUGGCACCACUGUCACCCAAACCUUGACGAAGCAGCUUCUGCCCGCUACAGUCAACGCAUGGCUCGGCAUCGAUUACGCUUCGCAGCCAGUAGGAGAGCGUCGAUUCGCUCCAGUUGGCCCUCCGGCCUCAUUCUCGGGGGUCAAGAACGCCUCUCAGUAUGGACUUGCCUGCACUCAGGAUCCAGCGAAUAUUGUGUAUAAGCUGGAUGAGGCUUGCUUGAGCAUGAAUGUGUUUAGUCCGCAAAACAUCUCUUCGACUGCAAAGCUCCCGGUCUUGAUAUGGGUUCACGGAGGCUCAUUUGUAAGUGGAAGCGCAAGGAGUUUUGACGGUGCGGCCUUCGCGGCCAACGCGAAGGAGCCUAUAGUGGUCGUAACCUUCAAUUACCGAAUCAACUCUCUGGGAUUCCUUCCAUCGCCCGUCUUUGAGCGCCAGGGCCUUCUCAACCUCGGGCUCCUCGACCAGGAAUUGCUUUUCAAGUUCGUGCAGCGGUACAUCUCUGCUUUCGGUGGAGAUCCUGCGCGUGUCACUAUCGGUGGCCGAUCGGCUGGUGCCCAUUCAGUCGGCAUCCACCUCUUCCACAACUAUAACAAAACCGACUCUCCACUCUUUUCUCAGGCAAUCCUGCAAUCCGGCAGCGUCACUGCACGCGCCUUUCCCAACGCAUCCUACCCCCUCUACCAGGCGCAAUUUUCGCGGUACCUUGGUCUUGUUGGAUGCAGCGGUGUCGCCAACAGCACGGAUACCGCUAUUCUUAGUUGUUUGCGAGGUGCUCCAAUAUCAGCGAUUCAGAAUGCCGGCGCCUUGCUAUAUGCUGAAUCCGAGUAUGCCAUAACCUGGCCUUUUCAGCCCACCUUGGGCGGUCCACUUCUUGAGCAGGCAGGCUCAACCUCGGGUAUCAAUGGCCAAUUCUUCAACAUCCCUACUAUUACAACCAAUGUCAGGGAUGAGGCUAAAUACUUCACUCCUGGCGACAUCGAGACCAACGAUAGGUUCCUCACAUACCUGAAGAAUCUUAUUCCCGGCCUGAGUACGAAGGACCUCUCUGAACUGGAGGCCUUGUAUCCGGACCCUGCAGGCGAUGUCAAUGGCCCAUACGCGAACAGUCCUAACACGACUCAGUACGAUCGCCUCUCCGCCGCACUCAGUGACUUUAUGUAUAUCUGCGCAGGUCAAGAAACGGCAAUCCGUAUGUCAUCGGCUGGAGCUCCCGUCUACAAAUUGCACUUCACCGUCAACAACACACUUCCCGCCUGGAAGGGCAUACCUCACACCACUGACACAAAGUACACAUGGGCCGAGCCUGGCGGUAAAUCUGGCGUCCAGUACCCAGAGGUUGGUAAACUGCUACAUGGCUACUUUUCAGAUUUCGUUGCGCUCGGUGAUCCGAAUGCGGGGAAUCGAACGGGUGUGCCAAAAUGGCCAAAGUAUGUAGAUGAUAAUGCAAACGGCUUGCCAGGCCUGCAGUUAAGGAUGGAAGCUUUUGGAAACAGCAGAGUCGAGGGAGAUGCAAUUAGGAGGAAACAAUGCGAGUGGUGGAGAGAUGAGGAAAGGGCUGCUAGGCUGGAGAAAUAA